AUGCAAAGCUUCUCGCAGUGCACCGACUCACCUGUAGAGGGGGAUGAAGGUCUUGAUGCCAGAGAUCAACAGGCACGUAAGUCGAUUCUUCCAACUAGCUUCAACUUACUCCUGCAGUCUUCAACUGGACGAAAUACUGAUCCGAAUGAGCAGUCAAGUAUCCUUGUGACUUGUCCUUCCACGGAUUUACUAGCAGAAUUCGGGCUCGAAUUCAACGAGCACAUGAUGAAGGCGUUACACUGUAGAGAUACAUGUAAUAGACCGCAGCUUGUGAAACAUGCAGUAUCUACACGCUGGUUUAUGGUCGCCACGUGUUGCUAUGGAAGCACGUACAGGUCAAUUUCCGAAGCGCCACAGUGAUUCGUGUUCUGUUUACCUUACUUUUCGUUUUCCAUCCGGGUACGGCUGCGAAACAACGUGGCUAUCUCAGAAUGUGCAAGUCUUGUAGGUCCACCGACUCAAAGCAUCCGUUUCACAAAAUCUCUAGAUGGAAGAAUUUCUGCACAUUCACCUACUACCAUCUAGUGCAGCGGGUACUCGCCAAAAGGUUUCGUGUGACUUGAAUGCUCAGCUAGGGGCUACGUCUGAACACUGGGAUUCUGUCAAACGCACUGCAGAUUCGGGUUGGUUCGUAACUAAUAUCGAGUACAGUGACUCAGCCUGAUUGUAUGUAGCGAUGUCCCCG